AUGAGCCACGACAAUUUCCUUCGCAGCACAACUCCCUCCAGAGAUACAAGCAACACUGGCAAUGAGAAUAAUCCCCUCCUCAGCUCCUCUGGCGGUUUGGUCAGCGAGCUCGAGCAGGAAGUCCUCGAUGAAUAUGCACGGUUACUCGAGAAUGUGAAUAAGUUAGGAGAGGCGCUCGCCAACCUCGCCGACAAUCCCGCUUCACUGACACUAGACGGCCUGCGCCUCCUCGAACGCAAGACGGCGACUGUAUAUACGCUGCUGAAAGCGAGUGUUUAUAGUAUUGUGUUGCAGCAGCAGAUUCUCAAUGAUGGUGAAGCUGCCGCUGUUGGUGCUGGAGAUGGGGGGUAUGGGUAUCAGCAUGAUGAGUCUGGCAUGCAGGGUGGUGAUGGGAAUUCGAUUAUGCGAUGA